AUGUCGCAAGAGCCAGUGGAAGAGGUGGACGGGGAGGACAGGAAACGGGACAAAGUCGCUGAGUUUCUCAAGAAGAACCUGACCAAGGGCGAGCUAGCACUGAAGCGCGCCGCCGGCCUCGGCCAGCAGCCCAAUGUCGUGCCUGUCACGGAACCACGCGUCGACGGCGAACCGCGUCCCGUGGAGGUAGCAUGGCACCCCGUCGGCGGGUUCGCCGGCAAGUGGUUCGCCGAGGACACGGGCCUGGGCAAGAUGAUCACGGACAAGAUCAACUCGUACCCGGAUCCCACGCAGCACUGGGCUGUACUCGUCGGCGAGUUUGCGCAUCAGCUGUGGAUGGAUGAGAAUUUCCAUGUCAUUUACACGAAUGAAAAGGUCACCAGGGAGGGGUGGCGCACAUUCAAAGUUGGCCAGACACGCUUCAACGAUGACGCUGUCCGCCGCGCCGGUGAGUCCUUUUUGCCCCUCGUGAUUGUGAUGGCGAGGGAGCAUCAGCUCACGGACCCUUCAGGCGAGUCGGUCAUCCAGAGCAUCAGGAACAGGCAGCCGCGGUAUAACCUCAUCACGAACAACUGCCAGACCUACGCUCUCGAGCUGCUCGACGCCAUCAAGGUCAGCGGCAGCAAGGAGUUCGGCACCACGCUAGCCGUCUACGACAGGCUCUUCGGCGAAGGCGCCGUCAAGGACCUGUUCAUCCAGGACCAGCCGCCGCCAGCGCAGAUUGAGGGCGCGCCGCCGCCGCCCCAGCGGACCGAUACCGUCUCGCUCGCGCAGCAGGUCAUGAACGACAACACGAAUCAGCUGGACACGAAGCAGGAGAUGGACAGGCUCGACAUGCAGCGCGAUGGCACGCAGAGCCCGGACUUUGUCAACGACAGCGCAAGCGGCUCUCGGGAAAUCCUUGACGAUGCCGACCCAAAGAAAAAGAAGAAAAAGACAAAUUCUUUUCUGUCACGAUUCAUGCCAGGCAAGUCGAGCGACUAGUGGUGGGUGGGUAGAGGUGCAUGUUCGAGGCGACGCCGGAGCUCUUUGUUUUGUCUUUUGGGUACAUUUGAUGAUUUGCCAUGUUCACGACACUACAGAUGCUGGGCUCAAUAUCCGCUUAGAAUUCCGAUUUGCUUCAUUAUGUUCACAACAGGGCGAUACAUGCCCUUGCUCAAUAUAUACAGAUGAAUAGCCUCCACUUGCUGGCUACACU